AUGCCACCUGCAAGUGUUAGUUCGUUGCUUGCAUCUGCUGCUACUGCUGCACCACUCAGCACUUCUUUAGAUGCUACUUCAUCUGUUCAGACCGAGGUGUCAACUGUUGAAGAAACAUCAACUACUCAAGAACCAACUGCAGAGUCAACUGCAGAAUCAUCAACCACUGAGGAGUCAAUCACUCAAGAGUCAACUUCUGAGUCAACUGCAGAAAUAUCAUCCAUUGAGAAAUCAGCCUCUGAAUCAGUCACUACCUCGGUAAGCCAAGCUCCAUCAUCUUCAGACUCAUUGAUUACUUCUGCACCAACUACAUCCACUGACAAUCCAUAUGCCACCUACCCAAGUGUUGCAAAGACUGCAUCAAUCAAUGGAUUUGCCGACAAAAUUUACGAUCAAUUGCCGGAAUGUGCUAAGCCUU